AUGCUAAUGCUCAGCAGAAAAUCUACCCGGAGCUUUGCGUCCAUCAACAAACUGGCAUUAAUGUCCAUGCGUACAUUUUCUACAGCAAAACAACAAUUUGCAAUCUCUCGUAAGCAUAACUAUGAAACUGACGCUACAAUUUCUAUUGAUCCAAUCACCGGUAAAAAGAUUUUCAAGAAACCUAUGACUAUAAACACGGAGUUACCAGACGAUCCAAGACCAAAGCAAAGAUUCCAGUCAGCUUUGGCGUUUGUAGUUUUUGCUGUCGGCAUGACCGCUGCAUGUGCAGGAAUUUUCAACUAUGAAAAAACAUCAUCUCCUAUUAUGAAUGCUACAAUGUAUUUCCUUAGACGUAGUAAAGAUGCUAGAGAAUUGUUAGGCCGUAAGAUCACAUACGAUGGUAUGAUUCCUUGGAUUCAUGGGGAAGUGAACACUAUGAAAGGUGUGGUUGAUUGUUAUACCUACAUUUCAGGUGACAAGGCAUCUGCCAAAAUGAUUUUAAAGGCAGAAAAAGAUUCACAAGAUAGAUUUGUCAUAAGGGAAUGGACCUUAACCUCUGAUGACGGUAGGGUCGUUGACUUAUCGUCGGAUGCCAGUGUCGAUUUGGUCUUUUGA